AUGCACCACGCGAUCUUACGUGUGUUCUGCAUUUGCGCGAUCGCCGGCCUGCUCCUGGGCCUGUGCAUCCUCCAGGUAGACCCUGCCCCACCCCAGCCUCAUGCGGAUGGACAGACCCAGCUCCCUCCUCCGCCGUGCACCCCGCUGGAGGGCAGUGGUGCAUCGGACGCCGUCCAAUGGAUGCAUGCCCAGCUGGGCAGACAUUGCCAGCCCAGCAACCUGACCAUCACCAUCCCUCCCAUCCUGCACCACAUCUACUUCCCGGACCGUGCCAGCUUCCUCCGCGGCGCACAGGGGAAAGGAAGUGCCACCAACCCCGCGUGGAGCGAGUCCUGCCUGAGGCUCCAUCCCCACUGGGAGCAUGUCUUCUGGGGGGAGGCUGAGGCCAAGGCCUUUGUCGCCAAGUUCUGGCCCGGCUUCUUGGCCACCUUCCUGUCCUACGACCACCCCGUCAGUCGCUCCGACGCCCUCCGACCCCUCCUCCUGCACACCCUCGGAGGGGUGUAUCUGGACCUGGACAUCGAGUGCUUUGCACCCCUGGAGCCCAUGCUGGCAGGGGCCGACGUGGUGUUGCAGGGCACCGGCCCCAUGGAGGGCGUGACCAACGGCGCGAUGGCCAGUGUCCCCGGCCACCAGCUCUGGCUGGACGUGGCGGGGGAGCUGGAGCGGCGCGCGCCCCGCGCCGACCUGCCCAUCGACCGGAACCCCUUUUCCCCCAUUUGA